UACUGUUUCACUUUUAGCUCGCUGUGUUGCCACUUUCAUCUGUUUAAUGUGAAAUAUGUAUAGAUAAGCGCUAUCCCUGGCUGUAAUAUAGUAUAUAAUCAUCCAGUUGGCUGGGUGGUGCAAUAUUCGUGAUUUUAUUGGCGCGCUCGUGCGGAAUGGGAAUCGCCUGAGAGGUUAAACGAGGUAAACAAAAACGGUGUAAUGACACGUUUUGCCUUUAGGAAAUGUAGACAGUUAUAUUGGAUACAGAUUACCAAACCCAUCUAAAUGGCAUGCAUGUUAAAUAAUAAGGUUAUACAUUAAGCUGGAGCUAACUGUGCUUAUAAGAGACGGCAGGAUCCACACUUUUGUGUCUGUUCCUGGACAACCAUGCCUCAGAUGGACUCCCAAGGUGAGCCAGAAAAAAACAGCAGACCCUCAGGUGGUGGUGGAGCCAGGAUCCUCGCUUUGACUAUUUGCUCUGCAGCCAUUGGAGGCACCUUCCAGUACGGCUACAACAUCUCCAUCAUCAACGCUCCCACCAGCUACAUCCAGACCUUCAUCAAUGACACCUACAUGGAGCGAUGGGGCACCAGCUUGGACGGUCCUCAGCUCACCUUGGUGUGGACCAUCAUUGUUUCAGCCUUCCCCCUCGGAGGGUGGCUCGGAGCCCUGCUCGCCGGGCCUCUCUCAGUGCGUUUCGGCAGGAAGAACUCGCUGCUUCUGAACAACAGUUUUAUGUUCGCCGGUGCCAUCCUCGUGCUCACGUCCAGGGCGGCGAAGUCCUUCGAGAUGAUCAUCUUCGCUCGCUUUCUGGUUGGGAUGAACUCGGGUGUCAGCAUGAACGUUCAGCCUAUGUACUUUGGAGAAAGUGCCCCGAAACAUCUCCGGGGCGCCGUGGCUUUCUCCUCUGCUGUUUUCACCGCAUUCGGGAUCUUCCUGGGUCAGGUUGUUGGACUCACUGAGGUUCUGGGUGCACAGCAUCUUUGGCCCUAUUUGCUAGCUAGUAACGCUUUCCCAGGGUUGCUUCAGCUCCUUACCUUACCCUGGUUUCCAGAAAGCCCCAGGUACCUUCUCAUCGACCGGGGAGACAAGGAAGCUUGUGUCAAGGCGCUCGGGAGGCUUCGUGGUGGGGUAGCUCCCAUCUCGGAGGUGGAGGAGAUGCUUCAGGAGCAGGAGCAGCAAAAAUCUGCAGCCUUGAACUCUGGAUCAUCUGCCAACAAGACACCUUGGACUCUGUUUAAAGAUAAAGACCUGCGCUCCCAGCUCAGGACAGUCAUGGCUGCCAGUAGCGCCAUGAUGCUCUGCGGCAACGACUCCAUCUACUUCUACGCUUACUACAUCUUCCUCGCAGCGGGGAUCCCUGCACAGAAAAUCCAAUACAUCACCAUCGGCACCGGGGCGUCCGAGUUUACCGCCUCUAUCCUGAGCAACCUGCUGAUCGAGCGUGUGGGACGACGGUACCUUCUCAUCGGAGGGUACAGUCUUAUGUCUUUCUGGACUGUGGUCUUCACUGUGGCUCUGAACCUCCAGAGUCGAGGGGUGACUGGCAUGGCGUACCUCAGCAUGGUGUGCGUGUUCUGCUACAUCCUCAGUUUUGGUCUUGGGCCUGCUGGGGUCACGGGGAUCCUACCGGCCGAGAUCUUUGACCAAUCUGCUCGCCCGGCAGCGUACAUGGUAGCCGGGUCGUUCAUGUGGAUCAGCUUGUUUCUGGUGGGAAUGCUGUUCCCGUUCAUCGUCAAAGGCUUGGGGGACUUCUGCUUCCUGCCCUUCUUGGUCGUGUGUGUGUCCUCCGCUGUGUUUCUGGGACUCACCUUACCAGAGACUAAAGGGAAGACGCUGGCGGAGAUCACCGCAGAGUUUGAUAGAAGGAAUGGAAAGAAGAAAGAGUAUUCAGACAUACAGAUGGACGAGCAAAUCAAGGAGCAGUACCAGCUGGGUAAAGCCGCCUCUAUCACAAACCUUAUGCUGGAUCCUGACACCAAACCUGACCUGGAGAUUAUACAACCUGAAGUGAAUGUGUAAAAGAAAUGCCUAUGUAUGCUGUUUUUAUUAUGUGGUAAGUCCUGCCCAGCUCCAGCAGAAGUACAAUAGAGUCAAAGUAAUAUAUAGUCAUUUGUAUAUGAAUUACUAACCCAAUGUUGUGUUGAAUUCUUGGGGAAAUUAUAGCUUUUUCUCGCAAGUAAGGAACCAAAAAUGGAGAGAUGAUUUGGAGUUAAUGGAUGCUGCCUUUUAUAAACAACAGAACUGUACUGAAACAUGUGUUUACAAACCCUUACACAACUUAUGCAGUAUAGUAUAAGUCUACAUAUUCGGUCAUAUGUUCACUAACUCACACUGUCAUUGAACGCUUAAUAUUUACAUCACUUCAGACUGCAUGGACAGCCUGUUUAUGUCUAAUAUAAAGUAAGGUUUGAGUCAAAAUGCAGAUGUUUGGCCAGUCGAGCGACAUAUAAUUGGAUUUAGUUUUUCUAAAUCCAAUUAUAUUAUGACGUUUUUUUUUAUCCCACGUUGUGUGGAAGCUUGAGAGAAAAAGAACAUUUCCUUUGCAGGCAACACAAAGCAAAGAUAUGAAUAGUCAUUUUAAGGCUUUUGUUAUUGAUGCUCUCUGUUAAUUAUCUACAGAAUGGACGCUCUUUAGCAGCCAGACAGUAUGACCGUACGAUUAAUAAUUGCCUUACAAAAGGGGUGCGUACUGUUCUACAUACAUAUCCGUUCAAUCUCCAGUGAGAGUAGCACCAUAGGACUGCUGUAGUUCACUUUUAAAUCCGUCCCUGCUCCAUUUCAUUCAGUCAGUUAAAUAUCAGUGUGAUUAAAGGAGAACACAACCUAAAAUAUGUUGCUACCAUGGUUUAGAAAAGUCCAAUCAAUAUGUGUGAGAAAGUCGCUCUCAAAGCCAGAAACCAGAGGAAUGAGCCUGUUUGUAUGGACCUACAGGAUGCCUUAUCUAUUUAUACCCAAAUAAAUAAUAUUUAUAAUUGAUAUGGUCCGCUUAAACUCAGAAAAUUCCCUCUCCUAUUUCUUCUAUAACAUAUUUCCCAACUUUAAACCAAUAUUGUCGGACUGUCUUGGAUGAAAAAUUGAUGUAGUUCUGUUUUAACAUGUCAAAUUAAAGCCAAAUUAUACACAUUUUAACCUUAAAAUGAUCAUUAUAGGGUCCCAAAAACCUUCCUGCAUCUUCAAAAAAAAGUGAUUGCACGAAGAUUAUACUCCUCAGACGUAGCAGCACAUUCACACUCUCUGAAACUCUGUGAAGGUCUUAACAGUAGACUGGGCAAUCGUUUUGAAUUGCACGUGUUAAAGGAUUACCUUCUAAUUCAACACUUCUGCACGGGGCAGAUAACAGUGCUUGUUUUGUUUGAAUGUAAUCUGAUUAUAAACUCUGUUUGUGGGCAUGUUUAUCCAGCCAGUGAACCAUGAUUGUGUUAUUUAACUGUUCAGUGAACCAUACGGGAAUUGAGUGGUGCAGGAAUUAAGUUUUAAACCCAGUGAUUAGUUAGCAUUUUACAACUUCUGGGAUCCCUUCGUCUGAAUGCUUUUUAAUUUGUUUUUGAAGAGAUUUUGUUGAACGUCUUAAAAUAUGGUGGAUUUAAAAACAGCGGCUGCUAUGAAGUGCCUAAAUGAGACGACUAAACGUCAUCAAGCAACAUUAGCCGCCUUUAGCUUAGCGGUGGCUACGUGAAGUCAUGUGACCGUGCUGUAGUUUCUUUAUAGCCCAACAUUAGCCGCCUUUAGCUUAGCGGUGGCUACUUGAAGUCAUGUGACCGUGCUGUAGUUCCUUUAUAGCCCAACAUUAGCCUCCUUUAGCUUAGCUGUGGCUACUUGAAGUCAUGUGACCGUGCUGUAGUUCCUUUAUAGCCCAACAUUAGCUGCCUUCAGCUUAGCGGUGGCUACUUGAAGUCAUGUGACCGUGCUGUAGUUCCUUUAUAGCCCAACAUUAGCCUCCUUUAACUUAGCGGUGGUGACGUGAAGUCAUGUGACCAUGCUGUAGUUCCUUUAUAGCCCAACAUUAGCUGCCUUCAGCUUAGCGGUGGCUACUUGAAGUCAUGUGACCAUGCUGUAGUUCCUUUAUAGCCCAACAUUAGCCUCCUUUAGCUUAGCGGUGGUGAGGUGAAGUCAUGUGACCGUGCUGUAGUUCUUUUGUAGCCCAACAUUAUUAUUUUUUUACUUCUAGCAAUUGCCUUUAGUCCUACAUAUACUUAAAAGUGGUGUUAAUAUGUGAAUAUUAUCCUGAAGUUUCAUAAAGGUGCGCCACAGAUCUUAUUUUAUGCAAAAAUCCUGAAUCCAAUCGAAAAAUCCCAUUGGAUUUUUAUCGAGGGAUAACUUCUGGGUCAACUUAGAAAAAUACAUCAUUUCUGCACCACUCUCGGGACUGAAAGCCUCUUUAAUUUAUAUGUGUGACCUCUUUGUUAUUUAUGCAUCAACUGGAAUGUAUGUAAACCAGCUGGAAUCCCACCCCAUGUAGGUUUCCCACUGCCUAUACCAGCAUGACUCCAUUGAACCACCUCAUGUAAUGUUUUCUGUGUGUUCCUCAUGCACUGUAUUUAUGAUCGCAGCUCUGCAGACAGCCAGUAGAUGUCCCCAUUGGCUCUAUGUAUCCUCUGCUUUCCUUCAAACAUGAAGCUGUAAAUAUGGGAACGACUGACAGAUGUAACACCCAGGGUAAAAGAUGACACUUUUAAAUCAACAGCUGUCAUCCCAAUGCCCUUGCAAGCCUUCUGUUGACCAUCUGUCUGCGUGUUCCCUUCUUCACGUUAUUUUUUCCGAAGAAGCAGAUAUUUAUUAUUUUAUAUUUGCCAAAGAUAUGUUUUUAUAAAUCAAAUGUUUUUCUUGCUGGAUUUUAAAGGGAAAACCCACUGCUGUAUGUGACACGUUUGCACUGACUGUACGAGAUAUUUGUAAUUGUAUGACGCCGUGUUUCCAAAGCAUGACAAACCUCAAAGCUUUACUUUGAAGGAAUAUAUAUUUUGCACAUUGGAACUAUUUAUUAAAUGACAAAUACUACUGUGUACAACCAUAAAGCUCAAGUGCUGACCUACA